AUGGCAUCUCAACUAUUUAUUGAGAGAUUCAAAGAUAAAGUAAGCACCAUAAACAAACUCGGGCAGUUUGAAGUCGACACCUCAAAAGCUGUCAAUAAGCCUCAAUUUCAUUCCCAAAAAUCAAUCAUGCAAAUUUCUGCAUCCAAUAUAGUAAAAAGCGGAAUUCAUUCACUAUCCCCAACAAACGAUUAUCCCAAUUUUGCUCGACCUCUUAAGUUACAAGGCCCUGAAGGACGUUCAUUUUAUGCGCCUCCAAGUGAAGCUGCAACUGAGCCUCAUGAUUUUCAUUCGCUAAACCCUAAAAACAGUUAUUAUCCUAUUCCAGCUGAAAAUAUCCCACAUGGAUAUUCAGCUCAGCAGUCUCCUAGAGCUUCAGAACCCCAUCAAAAACAGAAAAAAGCCGUUUCAGCUGCUCCUUUAAGAAAAACACAAGAAAACUUACGAUCGACUGAUUCAGAUCAGCUUAUUGGCCGACCAAAAAGAAGGGCUAUUGAUUUUACGCCAUACACAUUAAAAGAUUAUAAGAAUAUUAGAAAUGAUAAAUACUAUGAACUUGGAGGGCUCGGGCCAAUUAAUAUAGGAACAGAAGAGUGGGAAAAAAAGAAAGAACUUCAAGAUAAAAAAAAAGAAUACGCCAAACAGGUGAUGCAAGCUAAUUCUUCACUAUUGCCCCCUACAGUUGUAAAAAAACCUAAGGAAAAAGAGAUGAGCUCUAGACAGAGGGCGAUUGAAUUUGCGAAAAAAAUACAAAAACCACCUUUAAAGGUAAAAGCUUUGGGUCAAGAAAUUAAAGAAGAAAAUGAAGAGUUUGAGGAUAAGACACUUUCGUGGCUCUCAAAUUUAGAAAAACAGCAUGAAAUAUAUAAAAAUAAAGCUCAAGAAAUCAGGACUAAGAUGGAGUAA